GACAAAUCCAAACCCUUGUUGAUCAUUGCGAUCUUCUUCUCUCUGCAAAGUGUGGCAUGAUGUAUCACGAAAUCUCUAGUUCGGGUGAAUCUGAUUGUGAAAGCUAUGGUUACACCGAUCAUAUAGUCAUAGAUGAUGAUUAUGCGAUUAUUGAUGGAGCUUUUCAGGGUGAAAAAUACGGCGGCGUCACGGAGAUCCAUGAUGAUGAUGAUGAUGAUGAUGAUCAGGAUAUGGUUGAUGAAGAAUUAAGUGAGGGUUUUGCUAAAUCCCCUGAAUUCCUCCUCCAGGAGGAAAACCCUGAACAAGAGAUCAUCAUGGAGAAAAAAACCCUUGUUCGUAGUGAUGAUGCGGUCAAAGCUUCUCCCUUUUCGAGGGCGAAGAAGUUUGAGGGUUUCUCCCGCUAUCUGAUCCUGGCUACUCUGUGGAUCAUGUAUUUUGCUCAGUUCUCUGCCAUGAUUAACCACUAUUACGACAACAACAGGGAACUGGUGAUUCUCCCCAAAUUCUCGGUCGAAUCCGUCUCGGUUUUCCCCAUCCGGCACGACCCCAUUUCCGGCACCAUCACGGCGAAUUGGAACAUGAUUCUCAACGUGACAAACCCUUCUGGUGAUCACGAAUUGGAUUACGCUAACCUAACGGCCGAGAUUUUUUUCGGAAAGAAGAAUAAGAUUAAUCCUGUUGGACUACUGAACAAGUUUUUCAUCCAGCCCUGGUGGAUGCCCUUUUCCAGUUCCAUCCCCAUCUGGAAGACGGAUUUCCCUGAUUCCGGCCUGGCAGAAUCCCGCCAGGAGCUUGUCAAGGUAACUUUUCCUUCUUCUCCUGUUAGUAUUGACAAUGCUACCGCUGCUGCUUUGGUUAAGGACAUCAAAUCAGGCGUUUCCUCGGGUUUCUCCGUUCGCCUGAGUGGUGAUGUGCUGGCGCCUACUCCUGGAACCUUCACUGCCAAUUGCCCUCUCAACAUGGCUUUCUUAGAGACUGUUGGUGUGAUGGCUUCCCCGUCCAACGAAGCAUGCAAGGUUUCCAGGGACAAAUCCGAAGGAAGCAAGCUUUCCGGGGCCAAAUACGAAAGCUUGACUAUGGCUGGUAUUGCUAUUCUCCAUUUUGCACAUUUCUACUUAUCAGCCAAAGAUGUAGACCGAAGGAGCAGGGGGAAAUCUGCAGUUUCUCAUGCAAAACAGCUUUGAUUUUUCGUUAUUGGUAUUAUAUCAUAUCUAGACUUGAGUACAUUAUGUUACUGUUUGUAAGGAUUUGAUUGUUGCUUUUGGAUUUGCUUCUGAUCAGGUGAAUGUUUUUUUCUUUUCUUUUUUCUUUUUGCGUUUUCUAC